UGUUAUACUAGUUGCGACGGAGCAGCAGCAGCUUUCCUCGAGGGGCGCGCGCAGAUACCAGGAACUCAUGCUACGCGAGGAGCGCGCCCGCCUGUGUGCUAUAUAUAUAUAUGUAUAUAUACGUAUACAGGCUGCGCAGCGAAAGGCAGCAGCAGCAGUCGCUGCUGCAGUGCACGUCCGCCGCCGAGAGAAAGGGAGCGGAGUGUGUGUGAGCCUAAAGACAGCAACAUAGAGAGAAGACGAGAGAGAGAGCGAGGAUGUGGUGUCCCCUCAGUCCCAAAAGGAUCAGCGUUGCGUAGUUAACUAGAAGCAGGCGACAUGUCGAGCAGCGACUCGUCGUCAUCCUCGUCGUCGUCGAAUUCGCAGUCGACGGCGAGGAAAGGCGCAGCUGCAGCAUCGCGGGGUGAGAGGAAGCGCGAGGUAUGCGCUGCCAGUAGCCAACAGCAGCAGCUCUACACUGACGCGGAGUCACCCAGUACGGUGUCAGGUUCACCACCAUCUGUCAGUCCGAUCUCAUCCUCGCUUGUCCUGCAGCGAGAGGGGGUUAUCAACCAGCCACUGAGCACACCAGCCUCACCACUGUCCUCUGUGUCUUCGCCCAUAACGCAGAACUUCAACCUACUGUCCCUGGAGGACUGCACUCAAGAUCCUAACUGGCAGGCCACAAAGCCCACGAUAAGAGAGCGGAAUGCAGCUAUGUUCAACAAUCCCCUCAUGGCUGAUAUUCAAUUCGUCGUUGGGAGUCCAGGACACACGCAGACCAUACCAGCUCACAAAUAUGUGCUAGCCACUGGUAGUUCUGUCUUUUAUGCCAUGUUUUACGGAGGCCUGGCAGAAAACAAGAACGAGAUAGAAGUACCCGAUGUAGAACCUGCUGCAUUUUUGGCACUGUUGAGGUAUAUGUACUGCGACGACGUGAAGCUCGAAGCGGACACGGUGCUAGCUACCCUGUACGUCGCGAAGAAGUACAUCGUGCCCCAUUUAGCCCGCGCCUGCGUUACUUUUUUAGAAACGAGUUUGAACGCCAAAAAUGCGUGUCUACUACUGAGCCAAUCCCGACUGUUCGAAGAGCCUGAUCUCAUGCAACGCUGCUGGGAAGUGAUUGACGCCCAAGCAGAGAUGGCUCUACGCUCGGAAGGCUUCGUGGAGAUCGACAUACACACGCUGGAGUCGGUGCUGUCGCGAGAGACACUCAACUGCAAGGAGAUCCACCUGUGGAACGCGGCCCUGAGGUGGGCGCACGCCGAGUGCCUCAGACAAGACCUAGAACCGACCCCAUGCAAUCAGAGACGAUUACUGGGAUCUGCUUUGAAUUUAAUUAGACUUCCUGCCAUGAGUCUGGAAGAGUUUGCCAACAGUGCGGCGCAAACCGGAAUACUCACGCAGCAGGAGACGAUCGACAUAUUUCUACACUUCAUCGCUAGUACAAAGCCGCAGCUCUGCUUUCCUAUAAAGCCUCGACAGGGUCUGAAGACUCAGGUAUGCCACAGAUUCCAGUCGUGCGCCUACAGGUCGAACCAGUGGCGUUAUCGGGGUCGCUGCGAUUCGAUCCAGUUCAGCGUAGACAAGCGGAUCUUCGUGGUGGGCUUCGGUCUGUACGGCAGCUCGUCGGGCGCGGCCGACUACAACGUGCGCAUUGAGCUCAAGAGGCUUGGUCGCGUACUAUCCGAGAACAACACCAAGUUCUUCUCGGACGGCUCGAGCAACACUUUCCACGUCUACUUCGAGAACCCGAUUCAGAUCGAGCCGGAAAACUUCUACACGGCGAGCGCGAUACUCGAUGGUGGUGAGCUGAGCUACUUCGGUCAAGAGGGCAUGUCCGAAGCAACGGUGGGCAGCGUCACCUUCCAGUUUCAAUGCAGCUCCGAGAGCACGAACGGCACCGGGGUUCAAGGCGGACAGAUCCCCGAGCUCAUAUUCUACGGACCACCCUCGGACGAAUGACGCAGCUACGGCACCGAGAUAAUGGUCUGAGUGUUGCGGGCUCGCGGCGUCAAUCGAGGCGUCGGGCAGUACUACAGCUACCACGCCGAGAAUGUUUAGAUUCUAUUUUUGACGUGAUCAUUGUAAAUUGAGCGAAGAGUGAGAGUGAGAGAGGACGAAUCCCGAGCGAGGCUCGAUUGCAAGUGGUGGAUAUACUAGUCGAAUUUUUCAACGAUCCUUGCUUGGGAUUCUCGUCCAUAGAGAUAUACCUACACGUGAGGGUACGCGAUGUUUGCGCAACUUUUUUGGUGAAUGCCAGAGUCAAUUGGCCAAUAAUAGCAAUUGUUACAUAUACUAGCUGUUGUUUAAAUCUCGACAUUAUUCAUCGUUUACGGCUCGCGUCGUUGUACUCUGCUAAACUCUGAAGUACUGCGUUAUUUUUUCUCUCCAUUGUGUUCUUUAGGUUCGCAAACUGUUUCUCAUGGAUACUGCAUUUUCAAAGAGAAUGUUACGUGUAAGCGGCGUUAAGCGUAACGAUGUGAGGAUUGUAAAUUAACGUAAUAGGCGAUUUUUAUAAUAAAAAAAAAAAAUAAAUAAACGACAGUAUCGAAUCGAAGCGUAAGAAAGCAUGCAUUAUGUACAAUAGUUUCGCAACUGUGUAUUAAACGUGCAGAGGUAACUUUUCAUAAUGGUUGAUGACUGUGAGCACAAUUUAAAACUGCCUGAUUUUGAAUGUGAAAAAAUCUUUCGAAGUGUUCUAUGCAUACCGUGCAUCAAGAGAAAUGCCGCAAACCACCGAGUCACUGGGUAUUCCUUUUAUGUUAUUUUAUACAAGCUUUAUUUUGUACGUGAAUGUUUAAACAAAAAUUUAAAAAAAAGGCGAUUUUGUUCGCUAAUUUGACAAAACGAAAAUUAUUAUAUAAGCCUAUUUUAGAGCUAUAGUACUUUAAACUCAAUAAUUAGUGGCACGUAUAAUCCUAUUGUAUUUACACAGUACUUAACAAAAAAAUCGUUAAAAAUGCUCUUUCAAGUUCUUACCAAAUUUCACUGUUUUAGAAGUAGCAUCAUUAAGUUAACAAUAAGAUUUUAAGCAAUGACUGUUAUAAAAUUUGCCAGAUUAAGUUUGUAAUAGAGAGUUAGCUUGUUUGUUAAUUGAGAACUCGUUAUCAUGAGCUCCAAAGUGACUUUGCCACAUUUAACAGUUUUGUGCCAAAAAUCUGUGUGUAAAGAUAAUUGAGUAUAUGAUGAUUUUGUUCAUGUAAUUACAUAUUUUUACAUUGUAAACAAAUGUACUUUCUAUCAAAUUAUGUAUAUUCCACGUUUUUCUUAUAAUAUUAUAAAAAAAAAUACAUCUUAGUCUUUGAAUAUAGGCUCUUACAACUAGAAUUUAUAAAUAUUAUUGAAUUAUAUUAUGAACUUACUCUUAAAAAAAACUAUCUACUUUCGGAAAGUACCCAAUAUUUUUUACAAAAGAUAUUUUCUUUUAUAAACUGAAAAUUUCAAAUUGGAGUAGAGAUCUAUAAAGUUUUUAAGAAUAUGUAUUAUAGUACAAAAAGUGCUUUUAGAUGUAUAAAAGUUAUCUGUAAGUGCUGAAAUAUAUAUUAUGAGCAAUUAUAUUA